AUGUCCCACCGGCGUGUGCAAAGAUCACCCACAGGACAUGUUUUACUCCCUGCGUCAAACAACUCUAGCCCAGACUCCACAAAACCUCUAUUAAUCCCUCGCGAUGUCUUCUCCUGGACGUUUGGCCGUGGAACUGUCGUCUGGACAAUAUGGCCUGCUGUACUACUUCACACUGUAUUUGCAGUGGUUGUAACUUCCAUCUCCCUGGCCUCAAAGGUCAGUCUCGCCGCUCCACAAGUCAUGAUCACCGUGCUCGGUGUCGUUAUUGGCUUCGUAAUAUCAUAUCGUGCUAUGAGUGGUUACGACAGAUAUUGGGCUGGUCGAACGAGCUGGGGCGAUAUCAUCAAGACAUCGCGAGCGUUGACCAGGCUAAUCUGGAUCCAUGUUCCGUUAAAAUCUGAAAAGAGCUCCUCGUCCGAAGACAAGGUGCAGGUUGAAAAGCUCUUACGAGAAAAGCGACAGGCACUGGACUUAGUUGAAGCCUUUGCCGUUGCCGUAAAGCAUCAUCUUCGAGGUGAGACAGGCAUCUACUACGAAGACCUCUACCACCUCGUGAAGCCGCUGCACAAUCAUUCCCACUCGCCUCAUAUACAAAAGCCAUUACCCGCCCGUCCGGAUCAAAGUUCACCUCAAGUAGUGAACACUGCUGUCAACGUCUCCUCACCUCUAGCUACAACACACUAUGUUCCUACAUUACCUCGGGAUCCUGCUACUCCUGCAGUCAAUGAAUACGGUACUUUCCAUUCUGAGUCCUGCUACAAAUACGAUAGUUCCGAAAAUCCAACUCUCUUUUCUUCAACUCCAAGACACUCGUAUGGUCCUCGCAUACUCUAUGAGCUUGUUCCUUUUUCGUCACUCUUCGUUAUGCUCGAUUCGUCCCUUAGACAAAGUAGAAACCAACCUGCACAUUUCUUCCCACAUCCCGAUGACGAAGAUGCGGUGGAGAAAGAGGAGCUUAGGCGAUGGUAUGCUGGCCCAUGCGGGCGAAAAUUCAGGCCAAUUGUUCCAGGGAAGGGGAGAAACGUGCCUCUUGAGAUUUUGUACUGCUUAAGUGAAUGGUUAGCUGAUCUCGAGGGCAGAGGUACUGUUCCUGCGAGUCCGCUUGGAGGAAUGUACCUUUGUCUCACAGCAUUAGGGGAUAGUCUCACUGCUGUGGAGCAAAUUUUGACAACGCCUUUACCCUUUGUCUAUUCGGCACACAUCCGACAAUGCGUCUGGCUCUACCUAUUCCUCCUUCCAUUUCAGCUCAUCGAUCAAUUCGGAUGGUACACAAUUCCUGGAGUAUGUGUUGCUGCGUUCUUCUACAUUGGAUUUCUUGCCGCUGGAGAGGAGAUAGAGCAACCUUUUGGAUAUGACGAGAACGACCUCAAUCUGGACCUUUUUUGUCAUCAUAUCAUACAUGAAGAGAUUGAAGCUCUGAAAAGAAGGGACUGCAAAAACAGUCACAUUCCUAUGUAA